AAAAGAGUGUACAAAUAUAUUUUAGGUUGAUAUAUAUGGUGCUUGCGGACGACUGAAUUGCCCUCGAUCUGCGGCAGAGAAGUGUUUCGAGAUGUUGGACACUAAGUACAAGUUCUACUUAGCCUUCGAGAACUCCAACUGCAAGGACUACAUCACUGAAAAGUUCUUUGUCAAUGGUCUUGGACGUAACGUGCUCCCAAUCGUGAUGGGCGCGCCACCCGAGGACUACGCCAAAAGCGCGCCACGUCACUCCUACAUCCACGUGGACGACUUUGAGUCGCCCAAACAGCUGGCCGAGUACCUCCACAAGCUGGACCAGGAUGACGACCUCUACAACUCCUACUUCAAGUGGAAGGGCAUGGGAGAGUUCAUCAACACCCACUUCUUCUGCCGGGUCUGUGCCAUGGUCCACGAUGACUACCCCACAAAGUCCUACCGGGACAUCAACGAGUGGUGGAGGGGGCGGGGGUUUGUACCAGCGGCACCUGGCGCAAGA